CCUGUGUACUGUGUGCGGCAAUGGCGACCGAACUGGAAGAACUUGUGGGCUUCCUCUCUUCACCAUCUCCUAAGGUGACAAAGGCGGCUGUGGAUAUUGUUCGGGGAUUAACUGGGUCCGACGAUGGAUUGAAAUCUCUUUCAAUUUAUGCUAAGACUGCAUUGCCAUCGUUGUCUCGGCUCUUAAGUGCCAAGAAGGAGAUUUCGGAACCCGCAGCAGAAGCUCUUGUAAAUCUUUCACAGGAUUCUGUUUUGGCAGAAAAGAUGGUCGAGAUGGGAAUGACUAAAACGGCCAUGGAUAUGUUAUAUAAGCCAGAGUCUAGCAUUAGACAAUUGUUGGUUAUGCUUCUAGUGAAUCUUACGCAGUUGGAUGCUGGUAUCACUUCCUUGCUUCAGACUGAAGAUGAGAAGAUGCAAGGACUUUAUGUUAUGAAGCUUGUUAGAUCAUUUUGUAGAUCCUCCAGUGAAACUAGUGAGGAUGCAUUCGAACAUGUUGGUUCCAUACUUGUAAACAUCUCGAAUCAGGAAGCAGGAAGGAAACUUUUAUUGGACCCUAAGCGGGGGCUUUUAAAGCAGAUUGUUAGACAGUUUGAUUCAAGUAGUUCAUUGAGAAGGAAAGGGGUUUUUGGUACAAUUCGCAACUGUUGUUUUGAAGCUGAGAGCCAGCUACAGAAUUUGCUUUUGAUGUCAGAGUUUCUUUGGCCAGCUCUACUUUUGCCAGUUGCUGGAAACAAGGUUUACAGUGAACAAGACACGUCAAAAAUGCCCCUUGAACUUGGAACCGUGCUCUCAAUUGAACGUGAGACAGUUGUUGAUCCUGAAAUUCGAAUUCAAGCACUGGAGGCAAUAUACUUGAUAUCAUUACAGGAGGCGGGCAGAAGAGCCUUUUGGUCUGUCAAUGGACCCAGGAUAGUACAAGUUGGGUAUGAAGAUGUAGAAGAUCCAAAAGUGAUGGAAGCAUAUGAACAACUUGGUUCCUUGUUGGUUAAUAGCGGUGGGACAGAGGAACCUUCCAUUGAGGCAUCCAAGUAGCAAUCUAGCUUUUAUUCAUUCAAGUGACGGAUGAUUAUUGGAGAAGAGCUUGAUAGUACUAAUUAUGAGGGUGAUUGGAACUCGAGUGACGGUUUUGCUUAUAUUGUUCAUAUGUGACAACUGCCUUUAGCCACAUACUAUCAACUUCUGGAUGUUGGUUAAUUUAAAGCAGAUCUACAGGAAAGUUGUCACACUGCAAGGAUGAAACGAGAAAAGGGAAAGGGUUUGCUCCGUUCGAAUGUGCUUUAAUUUUUUAAGUCUGUUGAUUUUGUAAGAAUUACAAUUUGAUUUAGUUGCUUAAGCCGGAAACUAUUUGGCCGCACAAGUUACUAUGGUUAGCUCUAGUUGGAACUUGGAAAAGCUUAGAGGAAGGAAAAAGGUGUGAUCAAGAGUUUCCUAAAUAGGUUAAGUGGAAAUAUGGAAACUUUGAAAGGUUAACUUAUUUUCCCCCGAACACAUACAUUUUAUUAUGAAGACCGUCUGUUAGAUUGUUGCAAAGAAGGGGACCAGUUCAAAAUAUUACUCAAUCGAGGUUAUUAAUUUAUCGAAGUUAUAUUGUGUUUGCA